UCUCUCUCCUACUGUCCCUCCCUCCCUCCCUCUGUUACAUCAAAAACAACAACUGAAACUGAAACCACUCUCUGUCUUUCUCUCUCCUCAAAAAGAACACACCAUGAACGAAAAGCUUGUUGUAGAAGUGAUAGGAGCGCACAACUUAAUGCCAAAAGACGGGGAAGGCUCGUCUUCCCCCUUCGUCGAAGUCGAGUUCGAAAACCAGAGAUUAAAAACCCAGGUCAAAUACAAAGACCUUAACCCCGUUUGGAACGAGACGCUGGUUUUCCACCUAAACGACGUCGCCAACCUGCCUUACAGGACUCUGGAAGUGAAUGUCUUCAACGAGAAGAAGUCGAGUAGUAGCAGGAACUUCCUGGGGAAGGUACGAGUUUCGGGUACUAGCGUUGCGAAACAAGGGGAAGAGAUGGCGCAGCUUUAUACUCUGGAUAAAAGGAGUUUGUUUUCUCAUGUUAGAGGUGAGAUUAGUUUGAAGCUUUAUGUUUCUAACAGCCCUGAUUUGGGUACGGUUGUUGAUACUAAACACCUCAUUAAUUUCUCUAAUGCUAAUAAUAGUAAUAAUAAUAAUAAUGUUAUUAGCAACAACAAUAGUAAUUCAUCUGGGGUAGGGAAGGGGAAGAAGAAAGGUGGUAAUUCGGCCGCAAUGCAGCAUCAGAAUCAGAAUCAGAAUCAGAAUCAGAAUCACAUGGUGGUGGAGAAUGGUGGUAACCACCACCACCACCACAACCAUAACAACAACCACCAUGGGGGUGGUGGAGGGAAGCAGAAUGGCCAGUUUCAGCAGAAAGGAGGGGAGGGUGGAAAGAACAACCAAGGAGAGAUUAACCCAAUUGUUAUAACUACCCUUCAGAAUCCAGGGGUUAGUGGUGGUGGUGUUAGUGGUGGGAGGGGUAAUUUAGGGAUUUACCCACACGGGUUAUCGUUGUCUUUGCCGCCGGCGUCGCAGAAUGAGUUUUCAUUGAAGGAGACAAAGCCUCACCUUGGGGGUGGUCCCAAGGAUAAAACAAACUCAACUUAUGACUUAGUUGAGCAAAUGCAGUAUUUGUAUGUUAGGGUUGUCAAGGCUAGGGAACUGUCGAUUUUUGGGGGAGGAGAGGUGAUAGCUGAGGUUAAAUUAGGGAAUUAUAAGGGUGUUACUAAAAGGGUGAGUUCGAAUCAUGCUGAAUGGAAUCAAGUUUUCGCCUUUUCCAAGGAUUGUAUACAGUCAUCUAUGGUGGAAGUGUUUGUGAAAGAGAGGGAGAAAGAUGAGUUUAUUGGUAGGAUUUGGUUUGAUAUGAAUGAGGUACCUAAAAGGGCGCCUCCUGAUAGUCAGCUUGCACCACAGUGGUAUAGAAUGGAGGAUAAAAGAGGGGAUAAAUCCAAGGCGGGUGAGGUUAUGGUUUCAAUUUGGUUUGGGACUCAAGCUGAUGAAGCAUUUGCUGAAGCAUGGCAUUCCAAAGCUGCUAAUGUUCAUCUUGAUGGACUUGGUUCAAUCAAGUCCAAAAUCUAUCUGUCUCCUAAGUUGUGGUAUUUAAGGGUUAAUGUUAUUGAAGCACAGGACAUUGUUUUAGGCGAAAAGGGUGGUUCUAUAAUGAGGUAUCCUGAGUUUUAUGUGAAAGUUCAGGUUGGGAAUCAGGUGUUGAGAACUAAGGUUUCCCCUGCUGGUGCAAACAGAGCAGUUUCUAACCCUUUCUGGAAUGAAGACUUGAUUUUUGUGGUUCCUGAGCCUCUUGAGGAUUACCUGUUGAUAUCGGUGGAGGAUCGUUUAAUGCCCGGUCGUGAGGAGGUUGUUGGUCGUCUACUGCUUCCGUUGGCAGCCAUUGAAAGGAGGUGGGAUGAUAAGACGGUUCCCUCGAAAUGGUUUCAUGUUGACAAUCAGAAUUUCACUUUUAGUAACCCUUCGGAUCCUUCAAAGAGUCGCUUUGGGUCUAGAAUCCAUAUUCGAGCUACACUGGAUGGAGGGUACCAUGUCUUAGAUGAGGCAACAAUGUAUAGCAGUGACCUUAGGCCUACUGCUAAACAGCUUUGGAAGCCUCACAUUGGUGUUCUUGAGAUGGGAAUUUUAGGAGCAACUGGGCUUAUGCCAAUGAAGAUUAGGGAAGGCAAAGGUGGAACAACGGAUCCUUAUUGUGUGGCUAAAUAUGGUCAGAAAUGGGUUAGAACACGGACUGUGGUGGAUUCGCUUUCGCCUAAAUGGAAUGAGCAGUACACUUGGGAGGUGUUUGAUCCUUGCACUGUCAUAACAGUUGGUGUGUUUGACAACUGCAGGCUUGAUAAGAACACUGCUGCUGCAACUGGGGCUAGAGAUUCGCGCAUUGGGAAGGUUCGGAUUAGGCUCUCAACUCUGGAAACUGAUAGAGUUUAUACUCAUUCUUACCCUCUUUUGAUAUUGCAUGGUUCUGGUGUGAAGAAAAUGGGAGAGCUUCACUUAGCUGUGAGAUUUUCAUGUGAAAACAUGGGAAAUAUGCUUCAUAUGUAUGCAAUGCCCUUGCUCCCUAAGAUGCAUUAUGUGAACCCUUUAUCAGUUAACCAACUAGAGAGUCUCCGAUAUCAAGCAAUGAACGUUGUAACAGCUCGAUUCAGUAGAGCAGAGCCUUGUUUGGGGCGAGAGGUGGUGGAAUACAUGCUUGACCAUGACUCACACAUGUGGAGCAUGAGGAAGAGCAAGGCAAACUUCUUCAGGCUCAUGAACGUACUUUCAGGUGUUAUCGGGCUGGCCCGUUGGGUUGAGGCGAUACGGACUUGGCAGCGACCCGUUUACUCAUCCUUGUUUGUGGUGGUGUACCUUCUGCUGGUGACUUUUCCAGAGCUCAUCACCCCUACAAUGCUUACCUGCAUGGCACUUGUAGGGAUAUGGAGAUACAGAUCUAGGCCUCGACAUCCUCCUCAUAUGGACACAAGACUUUCCUAUGCAGAAAACGUGUACCCUGAUGAACUUGAUGAAGAGUUCGAUACAUUUCCCUCAACCAGGAACUCGGAACUUGUGAGGAUGAGGUAUGACAGGCUACGGAGCGUGGCUGGGAGGAUUCAAACAGUGGUGGGAGAUAUGGCAACUCAAGGAGAGAGAUUUCAAGGAUUGUUAAGUUGGAGGGAUCCGAGGGCUACUUUCUUGUUUGUGAUUUUGUGCUUUAUGGCUGCUGUCGGGUUCUAUAUGAUUCCAAUCAAGGCUGUGGUGGGCUUGUGGGGGUUAUACUAUCUCAGGCCACCAAGGUUCCGAAGCAAGUUGCCACCACAAGUGUUCAGUUUCUUCAGAAGGCUGCCUUCAAAUGCAGAUAGUUUGCUGUGAUAAGAUUUAGCUGGGUUACUAUGAACUGCUGAUGUUUAGGUAUUUUGUAAUGGGAAAUCUGGAUAUAAGUAUGGGUUUAGAUGAGGGUAAAAGCUGACAACUAUUAUUAAUCUUUUGUAAUUUGGCAAUGUUUAGACUUAUUUGUGGAUGGUGGUGGCUUUUGUUUAAUGAUGUAGUAAUUGCCGAAAAUUAUAUGUAAUUAUAAUUAUGUUCUAAGGUAAUACUAUGCUUUAGCUGAUGAUUAGUUAUAUUCA